CCUGCUGGUUUCCGGUCCUGUUGCUUUAUUUCUUUCUUUGAUUGAUUGGUGACGUCACUGUUAUCACUUAAUCAUCACUUUUACCGACGCACGAGCGUAGUUAGUCAACCGGGACCGGGACCGGGACCGGGAUCCAAACCGGGACCUAAACCGUGACCAGGAUCCAAACCGGGACCGGGAUCUAAACCGUGACCAGUAUCCAAACCGGGAUCCCAACCGGGACCAGGAUCCAAACCGGGACCAGGAUCCAAACCGGGACCGGGAUCUAAACCGGGACCGGGAUCAGCAUGAGCAUGCAGCCCCGGAGGAUCCGGCUGAAGCCUUGGCUUCUGGCUCAGGUGAACAGCACCAGGUAUCCUGGUCUACAGUGGAUCAGCUCGGACCAGAGACUCUUCCAGAUUCCCUGGAGACACGCGACCCGUCACCUGCCAACGUCUGAGGAGGAGAACACCAUCUUUAAGGCCUGGGCUCUGGAGACAGGUAAAUAUCAGGAAGGUGUGGAUGAGCCUGAUCCAGCUAAGUGGAAAGCGAACCUUCGCUGCGCUCUGAACAAGAGUCGAGAGUUUCAGCUGAAAUACGACGGAACCAAAGAUACUCCGCUGCAACCCUACAAGAUCUACGAGGUCUGUGAGCCGCACACACACACAGAUGCUGCCGAAGACGAUGAAGACGAGAUGCCGAAUCUGAUGGAUCUGACGCUCAACCCCACCAUCAGCGACCCCCCCGGCUUCACCUCCUUCCCGGCUCACAGUGACGUGAACCGGUUCAGCUCCAACGGGACCUUCGGACCCGUCGUCCCGGUUCCUCUGACCUCUGACCUCCCUCAGCAGGACUUCCAGCCUCAGGGAGCCUCGGUCCCGAUGGAAGCCGGGACCAUGAGCGGGGUCCAGAACCAGUCCUGCAAGUACGACCUGCUGAACAGCGUCCCGUUAACAGAUCUGGACCUGAAGAUCCAGUACCGCGGCCGGACCACGGGCUCUCUGACCGUCAGUAACCCUCAGGGCUGCCGGCUCUACUACGGACACCUGGAGCCGACCCCCGAGCAGGUGGACCUGUUCGGACCCGUGGACCUGCAGCAGGUCCGGUUUCCGGGGACGACGGAGCUCCAGAACCAGAAGCAGCAGCUGUACACCAACGCGCUGCUGGACGUGAUGGACCGCGGCCUGAUCCUGGAGAUCGUGGAGCAGGACAUCUACGUGGUCCGCCUCUGUCAGUGCAAAGUGUUCUGGUCCGGACCCGGCGUGCCCGAUCAGGGUCCUCCCAAUCCCAUAGAGAGGGAGAAGAAGAUCCGAGUGUUCAGCCUGAACGACUUCCUGCAAGGACUGAUCCUGUUCCAGAAGGGAGAAGCGCCGAAGCCUCCGCCCUUUGAGGUCCACUUCUGUUUCGGGGAGGACUGGCCCGACAAGAAACCCAGAGAGAAGAAGCUGAUCAUGGUGCAGGUGGUUCCUGUGGUGGCUCGGAUCCUGACUGAGAUGUUCUCUGGAGAACUCAACUGGUCCACCGACAGCAUCCGGCUGCAGAUCUCUCACCCGGAUGUCAAGGACCACACGGUGGAGCAGUUCAAGGAGCUGCAGAGGCUCCUGCAGAGUCAGAACAUCCAGGGGCCCUGGACCCCCAACGGACUCUGAGCAGGGCGGCUCAGCAGAUCCAGGACCAUGACAGGUCCACUUCCUGUCCCACUGUGAAUUCUGACAUCCUGGAUCUGUUCCAGGUCUACGUUUUAACAGAUCGAUCAAUAACCAAACGUUUAGUGAACAAACUGAGGUCAUCAGCUGAUCGGCCGUAAGGGAUAGAAAAAUGUGAUCAAUAAUAUGAUCAAUAUCUGAUCAAUAACAUCUGAUCAAUAACAUCUGAUCAAUAAUAUGAUCAAUAUCUGAUCAAUAACAUCAGAUCAAUAACAUCAGAUCAAUAACUGAUCAAUAACAUCAGAUCAAUAACUGAUCAAUAACAUCAGAUCAAUAACUGCUGUCAGAUCUCAUUAAAUGCCGCUUCAGUAUUUUCUUGUUUUAAUAAAGUCGACAUCGAGCUUCUUCC